UAAAAGCAACCCCAUUUCAUGCCUCUCUUCCCGCUUCCCUUUUCUUCCUUCUCAUAACUCUCAAACCCUCUUCCAUGGCUUCUUCCAACCCCAACCCGCCCACAUUCCCAAACGGGUUCGACCCGACCUCUAUUCCUAACACCACCUUCGUUCAAGCCGACCCUUCCACGUUCCGGGCCGUCGUCCAGCGACUCACCGGCUCGACUCCUACAAAGCUCGCCGGAAAAACAACCCCCGGCGAGAUGGGUCCCCGGAGACCCGCCUUCAAGCUCCACGAGAGAAGGCCGACUGCCAGAAAGCUGGAGAUCAAGCUCAAGCGCCGCGCCGCCGUAGCCGCCACACUGCAUUCUCCUCCUUCUUCUGCUCCAAGAAACCACCGGAGUGAGAAUAUGGUCAUGGUUUCGCCAGUUUCGCCGCUGGAGUACCUGGCGGCGCGUGGGAGCCCUAGAACUCCGAGAUCACCGAUGGAGGAAGAAGAGAGAGCGAUUGCUGAGAAGGGUUUUUAUCUGCACCCGAGUCCGUUAAGCACUCCGAGAGGAUCCGACCCGCCGGAGCUCCUACCCUUGUUCCCUCUUCAUUCACCCAGAGAGAACAAUGAUUCAUCAUCUAAUUAAGUUAUUUCUACCCUAAUUAAUUAUUAUUAUUACUAGUAAUUGUUUUCUUGAAUUAAUUAAUAUUUAAUUAUGUAAUUUAUGUAUGUGGGAUGUAUGUAUCUGUAGUUUUAUAAAUGUUUAGAACUUAGAAUUAAUAUUUAAUGUGAGGGUGAUGAUGCUUUUGUAGUAAU